UCUCUUUUACACACACAUACACACACUCUCUAUAUCUUUCUUUCUUCUGCCCUCAGUUCCUCAUUCUCCCUCAUCUUCACAUCCUCUUCUCCACAAUCCAUACUCAUUACAUUCAGCUCUUUCAAUCACCUCUAUUAUCAAUUGCUGAAGAUCCAUCAACCAUUUAUCCCUGUACACAAAUUUGCAACGUUCAAAACAACGAAAGAAAAAAUGUCUGCAGACGAGUUAAAAAAAACAGUUCUUAGACUCAAUCGACUAUCACAGAUAGUCAAGUUCCAUCCCAAGAAGGGGAAAUCACCUUGGAAUCAUGCUACUGACUCUACAAAACGUUACGAUUACAUUAUCAUUGGAGGAGGAGCUGCAGGGUGCGUAAUUGCGAAUAGGCUUGCAGAAGAUCCUGAAGUAAAUGUCCUAGUCUUGGAGGCAGGAUAUUCAGACGAUAUAUUUUCUUCCCGCACGCCGGGAUUGGCCUUCGCCACGUUUAAGACACCCUGCGACUGGGGCUAUCGCACGGUCCCACAGGAGCAUGCGGGUGGACGAUCGUUGUUGCAGCCCCGAGGCAAGAUGCUUGGUGGUUCUAGCUCUAUCAAUGCUAUGAUCUAUCAUCGUGGUGUGGCCUCAGACUUUGAUCACUGGGAAGAGUUGGGCAACCCAGGUUGGUCCUACAAGGACGUCUUGCCCUAUUUCAGGAAAUCAGAGCGUUUCAAUGCGUCUGAUUCAACUUCACAAUUACACAAUGACUUUACAACAUAUGAGCCAGAAUAUCAUGGGACCGAUGGUCUUUGGCAGGUGUCCAAUAUUUCGAUGUUUAAAGUGAGCGAAAAGUUUUUGAGAGCCGGUGAAGCAGAGGGCAUCAGCCUAAAUAAGGAUCUUAACGGAACUAGUCCUUUAGGGGCUAACAAAGCUCAGACAUUUAUUCGAAAAGAUGGUGUGCGCAGCUCGUUGGCGAGAGCCUUUUUAAGAGAAGAUGUAGUACCUGGAGGCAAGAACGGUCGAGGUACAAUUCGGGUGAUCUUUGGAGCACAUGUGAACCGUAUCCUCGUGAAAACCGACAAGGAAAACGAUGGAGCCAAGGUGGCUACAGGGGUCGAAUUUAUGGACCAUAACAACAUUCUUAGGCGCGUCGAGGCUUCUCGAGAGGUACUUUUGAGUGCUGGCACAUAUGCAUCGCCUCAAAUCCUUAUUGCUUCUGGCAUUGGACCAGCCCCUCAAGCCUCCAUCCCACACAUUCAUACUCUCCCGGGUGUGGGUGCAAAUCUGCAGGACCAUCUCUUCCUACCUCUUGUCUAUAAGGUCAAUCGAAAGUGUGCCACUAUACAAGGUAAUAUGGACCCAUGGAAGGCCUUUAAGGAGAUCCUCAAGUAUACCAUCAAGGGUACCGGUACCAUGACCAGUAAUCUGGCGGAAGCCCUCAUAUUUAUGCGACUCGAGGAUAUGUCUCCAGAAUUUGUGACUCGUGAAAAGGCAAAUGGAACAUAUAUUGAGCGCGCAAGUGGCCCAACGGCGCCACAUGUUGAAUUCAUUAUCAUCCCUGGUUAUGCUCGAGCCCAGGGUGAGGCUAUGGCCCCUGAUAAAGAAAACUAUAUUACUUUGAGUGUGGCAUUGUUGAACCCUGGUUCAGUAGGCUCUAUCAAAGUGGUAACUAGACAAGCUGAGGAAAAGAACUGUAGCACAGAGUGUACAAAUGAAAAGGCCUCUUCAAGUCAGAGUCAGAGUAGGAUUGUGACAGAGCCCGUAAUCGAUCCAAACUACCUAGCAGACCCCUUUGAUGUCAGGGUUUUCGCAGAGAGUUUACGGUUCCUUCGAAAGAUUGGUCGACGACUCGGUCAGGACCCAGAAGUGGAGGCUGUGGAGGUGUACCCUGGAGAAGCGAAGGUACCGGAUGAUGACGAAGAAGCCCUUCAAAAGUAUGCUCGCGAGAAUACCGAGACUGUCUAUCACCCUGUAUCUACGUGCAAGAUGGGCCCUCCGACAGACCCGAUGGCGGUUGUUGACCCUGAAUUGAAGGUGUAUGGCAUUAAUCAUCUGCGGGUGAUCGAUGCAAGUGUCUUCCCCAAGAUUGUUGCAGGUCACACAUGUCCGCCCACAGUGAUGAUUGCUGAGAAGGCAUGCGAUUUAAUCAAAGUAGACUGGAAAUCUAGUGCACCACCUUCUUAUGUAUCUACAGAUGUGUAGGCUAUUGGUCAUUCUGGUCCUUCUGAUUCUACCAUUCCCUUGGUUCAAGGGUUAGUUAGAGUAUAAGCUAUUUUACUUUGAGGCCCUUUUUGCAACAAUAGCAUAGUUUAACAUAGUAUAAUAUUAAUAUAAUAUAUAUAUAUAUAUAAUAAUAUAAGACAAUAUAGUCAAAGCCGGAUAUUGUAG